GGCCUCCAUCACAGCACCCCUUCCUUAACUCGCUUCUCCGCCUCAUAGUCUUUGCGUGUCCUCUGCCCAAAACUUCUCUCUCUCUCUCUCCUCCUCUGUUUUUGCUCCAUAUCCAAGCAAACACCAUAUCUCUCUCUUUGUUACAGUCUCUUUUCUAUUAUUGACAAAAACAGUCAAAGCUUGAAAAAUACAAGAAAACAAGUUGCUACAGCUAUUUAAUUACUAGUAAUAGUAAUUGGUGAUGUCUUUCGUUGGUGUUUUUGUUUCUGAUCAAUGGCUUCAAAGUCAAUUCACUCAAGUCGAACUUCGCAGCCUUAAAUCCAAAUUCAUUUCAGUUAAGAAUCAGAAUGGAAAAGUUACAAUUGGAGACUUGCCGCCUUUGAUGGCGAAAUUAAAGGCUUUCAAUGAGAUGUUUAAUGCGGAAGAGAUCCGGAAUAUCUUGGCUGAAUCAGGUUCCGACGUCAAUGAUGAGAUUGAUUUCGAAAGCUUCCUUAAAACAUACUUGAAUCUGCAAGCUCGAGCUGCCUCUAAAUUAGGCAGUUCUAAAAAUUCGUCUUCCUUCCUGAAGGCCUCCACAACUACACUUCUUCACACGAUCAGUGAAUCAGAGAAAGCAUCAUAUGUAGCUCAUAUAAACAGCUAUCUAAGAGACGAUCCAUUCUUAAAGCAAUUUCUUCCAGUCGAUCCAGCUUCGAAUGCUUUGUUUGAUCUGGCAAAGGAUGGAGUUCUUUUAUGUAAGCUGAUCAAUGUUGCUGUACCUGGCACAAUAGACGAGCGAGCUAUUAACAUGAAACGAGUAAUCAACCCGUGGGAGAGAAAUGAGAAUCACACCCUUUGCCUCAAUUCUGCAAAGGCUAUUGGAUGCACUGUUGUUAAUAUUGGCACUCAAGACCUGGUUGAAGGACGACCUCAUCUAGUACUUGGGCUGAUUUCUCAAAUUAUCAAGAUCCAACUAUUGGCAGAUCUCAACCUCCGGAAGACCCCUCAGCUCGUCGAACUGGUGGAGGACAGCAAUGAUGUUGAGGAGCUCAUGGGGUUAGCACCAGAAAAGCUCUUACUAAAAUGGAUGAAUUUUCAUCUAAAGAAAGCUGGUUACAAGAAAACAGUAGCAAAUUUUUCUUCUGACCUGAAGGACGGGGAGGCCUAUGCUUACCUUCUUAAUGUACUUGCACCAGAGCAUUGCAGCCCAGCGACUUUGGAUGUCAAGGAUCCCACUGAGAGAGCUAACUUAGUUCUUGAGCAUGCAGAGAAAAUGGAUUGCAAAAGAUAUCUAGAUCCGAAGGACAUCGUUGAAGGCUCUUCCAACUUAAAUCUUGCUUUUGUUGCACAGAUAUUCCAUCAGAGGAGUGGAUUGUCUACUGACAGCAAGAAGGUCUCCUUUGCAGAGAUGAUGACAGACGACGAGCUAAUUUCCAGGGAAGAGAGAUGCUUCCGACUAUGGAUUAAUAGUCUCGGGAUAAACUCUUACGUCAAUAAUUUGUUUGAAGAUGUCAGAAAUGGAUGGGUACUUUUGGAAGUAUUGGACAAGGUUUCUCCAGGAUCUGUUAAUUGGAAGCACGCAACAAAACCUCCAAUUAAAAUGCCAUUUCGGAAAGUAGAAAACUGCAACCAAGUUGUCAGGAUUGGGAAGCAGUUGAAACUUUCCCUUGUAAAUGUGGGUGGAAAUGACUUUGUCCAAGGGAAUAAGAAGCUUAUACUUGCUUUCCUGUGGCAGUUGAUGAGGUUUAAUAUGCUUCAGCUUUUGAAGAACUUGAGAUCGCGUUUCCGAGGGAAGGAGAUUACUGAUGCUGAUAUUCUAGUUUGGGCAAACAAAAAAGUGAAAAGCACUGGAAGAACAUCUAAAAUGGAGAGUUUUAAGGAUAAGAAUCUUUCAAGUGGAUUAUUCUUUCUCGAGCUUCUCAGUGCUGUGGAGCCAAGGGUUGUUAAUUGGAAUCUUGUUACCAAGGGUGAAAGUGAUGAGGCAAAGAAAUUGAAUGCUACUUAUAUCAUCAGCGUUGCACGGAAACUUGGGUGCUCUAUCUUUCUGUUGCCUGAGGAUAUCAUGGAGGUUAACCAAAAGAUGAUCCUUACUCUCACUGCCAGCAUAAUGUACUGGAGCCUUCAGCAGACAGCAGAAGAGGCGGAGUCGGCAUCUCCUGCGAGUACUAUAACUGAUGCAUCACCAGUACGAUCUACAAAUGGUUCAAUGUCCCCCUUGAUUGCUGCUUCGCCUGAUGCAUCCCCUGCACCGUCAAUUAGUGGAGCAUCCUCUCCUGUGGUGGAUGCAUCUCCAGCACCAUCUGUCUAUGGAGAUGAAGAAAGCCAACUAAUCGCUGAAGUGUCAAAGUUGGCAGAUGAUGAUGCGUCGUCUGAUGUGUUAGCAUCCCCGGAGCAGGCUGAAAAUGCAGAGAUACCAUCAGAUGUGCACAGGGAUGCUGAAAAUGCAGAGAUACCAACAGAUGUGCACAGGGAUGCUGAAAGUGCAGAGAUACCAACAGAUGUGCACAGGGAUGCUGAAAGUGCAGAGAUACCAACAGAUGUGCACAGGGAUGCUGAAAGUGCAGAGAUACCAACAGACGUUUGCACGGAUGCUGAAAAUGUGGAAAUACCAUCAGAUAUGCCCUCAUCCCCGCAACUUGAGGAUACAGAACAACAGAGUGGCCUCUCACAUGAAGUUGAAAAUGAGGGUACAAAACCAGAUAAUGAACAUUAGUUGGAAGUUGUCUGUUUUACAAGCUCAAGGGACAGAGAAUAAGCAAGGGGAGAAAGCAAGACCAACGAAAAUAAACAAAGAGAAUGUGUUUUUAGAUGAAUGAUAGUAAAGUGCGAAAUGUGAUUAGAUACGAAUAUAGAUUUAAGUACACAAUGUUAUCAAUUCAGGAAGAUAGUACACACCUUUGGAGAACAACUGUACUUUUUCCAAUUUUGUUUCCUGCUAGUUUUAUAUAGAUAUUUCUUUUUGAAUGUAAGUAGCGUUUGGUCCAUUUGAUGUAUGGCUUAGAUUGUGAAAAUUUUCCCAAUGAUUCAUGCUCAUGAAUACGCAGACGAUGUAUACUGCUAGUAUCCUGAAGUUUGGAUAGACUGUUUUUUGAGGUAGCAGGAUUUGGGGGUAGAAGGGUUAUUCGUGUUUUAUAUAAUCAUUGUGCAUUUUUUGAUGUAAACGCACAUUAAAAGUGUAUUUUUUGAAUGUUGAGGACGUUUUCAAUUUUGAGGUU